CGAUCUGGACGGUAUAAAGUGGUCCACCUCUCCCCAUCCACUCGAGCGUCCCUCUCCCGUCCGUUCCACCUUCCACGCCGCCGUCGACCAGCAUGUCCACCUCCGCCGCCGCCGCCUCCGCCGCCGCGGCCUCCUCGACCUGCGCCACCCUCCUCCGUCGCUCGUCUCCGCCGUCCAGGGUCCCGGCGAACCUCCGUGGAUCUUUACCCUCCCGAUCUUUGUCAUCCCCCUCCUCGUCCCGCGCUCCCGUUUCGCCGGUCUACGCCGCGGCCUCGGCCUCGCCCGACGGCUCCCGUGGGACGGCGGCCGCGGCGAGGAAGAAGCUGCUCAUAUUCGACGCCGAGGAGUACCUCGCGGAGUCUCUGGCCAAGUACACGGCGCGGCUGUCGGGGGAGUCCGUCGCCGAGAGGGGCGCCUUCACCGUCGCGCUCUCCGGCGGCUCGCUCAUCAAGGCCCUCAGGAAGCUAGCGGAGCCGCCGUACCUGGAGGCGGUGGAGUGGAGCAAAUGGCAUGUGCUCUGGGUGGACGAGAGGGUGGUGCCCAAGGACCACGCUGACAGCAACUACAAGCUCGCCAUGGAUGGGUUGCUUUCCAAGGUGCCAAUUCCUGCCAGCCAAAUUUAUGGCAUAAAUGAUGCGCUGUCAGCGGAGGGGGCUGCGGAUGACUAUGAAACUUGUUUAAAGCAACUAGUUCAGGAUGGUGUGAUUGCAAUGUCACAAGUAACUGGAUUUCCCAAGCUUGAUCUUGUGCUUCUGGGGAUGGGCCCUGAUGGCCAUGUUGCCUCUCUCUUCCCUGGUCAUCCAAUUGUCAACGAAAAACAGAAGUGGGUCAGCUACAUCAAGGAUUCACCCAAGCCACCACCAGAGCGAAUUACAUUUACUUUACCCUUGGUCAACUCGUCGGCACACAUCGCACUUGUGGUCACUGGUGCUGGGAAAGCUGGUGCAGUGCAUAAAGCGUUUUCAGAGAAGAAAAGCUCUUCAGACUUGCUGCCUGUGGAGAUGGUAUCUCUGCAAGAGGGACUGAUCACUUGGUUCACUGACAAACCAGCAGUGUCAAUGCUGUCCAGCAUCUGAAGCCCAUUGUGUCAUAUAAGUUUGAAACUUUGAUCCGAAGUAUAAAACAUCCAGGGGAUUUUCAUUAGAUUAGACCUCUCUGGAUAGUCUCUGCGCUCUUUUCCGUAGUGCAUUAUGCUGCGUAAUUGUGUCACAGACUCCAGUUUCAGGAUUACCAAUUUAUGGG